AAAACCUUGAUUUAGUAAUGUAUACGCCUGCUAGGAACGGACUUGUGUACCUGAAGUUCAAGUGCUGGAUUUUGCUUUGGUAUUGAUCCUCAAGAUCAAAUUUCCAUUGUGAUCUUGUUUGUACUUGGUAAAGGAAUGGGGUUGCUAGCUGCUUAGGCCCCUGCAUGCUUGCUUAAUGGACCAUCUAUCUACCGGUAAACGAGUAAUAACAACAUCUUGGGAGCUUUCUCAAACUUAUUGUAUAGAAGAAAAUGGGACUGCUGUUUAACUGUGACAAAUUAACAUUAGCUCAUCUAUAUCUAGUAAACAAACAGCUCAUGAUCUCGUCUAAGAAUUUCACGUGCUAUUAUGUGGUGGGUAAAUUUUGUAUUCUCUUGUAGCUCUCCAGGUUUGUAGCUUUUGAAUAUGUCAAAAUGGGAAUGUUCUCUUCUAAUCAUUCUCUUUGCCAUCACGCUAAGGUGCAUCCUGUUGUCUUCUCCGAUAAAUUUGUGAUUUUUGGCUGCCAUGCAAUCAUUGCUGCAGAGAAAGGGAGCUUCGCUACCCAGCCCGCGCCGCUGACGGGAGCAAGGAUGGGGUUCUUCUCUCUUUGUAACAAUGAAAAGGCCACAGUCCUAGGCAUCGGCCUCGCUGCUCCACCUCCUCUUCCUCUCCAAAAAAAAGUAAGCUUCGCUACCCAGUCCGCGCCGCUAACAGGAGCAAGGAUGGGGUUCUUCUCUCUUUGUAACAAUGAAAAUAUCACACAUGGCUACAGAAUCAAAUCUGUAUAGGCUGAGGUUAAAUGAGCCUUAAAUCCGUGCUGUUUACUUUGGCUUGAGAAUCAAAAUAGGUACCUGUUCUGUUUCUCGAAUUGUGGUCUGGAUGUGCAAGUAAAGUAACCAGGUCAUCCUAAAAAAAAUCAGUUGUUGAAGGAUAACCACGAAGAGCACAUCUAGGUUAGCAGAGAAGCUGGCAGACCUGUAGCAGCAACAGCCUGGUGCACCAUUCUCACAUGUCGGUAGCUAGAAGAAGACCCAUUUUUAUGCAUGCCGCUGCCUUGGUCAUGCCUGCGCCACCUGAGAUCUCAGAUUUGAGAGAAUUUAUGUAAUCCAUAUUUUGUUGUAAUAGUUAACCAUCAGUGUUUGUCCUAGAAUUGGAACUUAUUUGAUGCUGUGCGUGGAUCUGCUGGCUUUACCUUUGA